UUCGGAGUGCAUACGCCCAGUAUAAUAAUUGAACAACCACGCAUUCCGAUGGAAACUAGCAAAAGUGCUUCAUUUUUUUCAAGGUGUGGAUCCCAUCACAGCCUGUGUCCAACGUUCGAAAAGCCAUUCAAACUUACUCGAGUAAAUUACGGUCAUUUUUGUACACUUUUUUGUGUAAGAAAAACAAGCGUUCCAAAGUCACUACUUUUUCUCCUUCCAAUCCAAUCCAAGCAGUUCUACCAUUGCUAGCUUCUGAGUUCUAACAUGCAGAUGAAGAUUUCACCAGAACCAUUCACCCUCUUCAAACUGUUCCUGCUAACAUUGUCAUUACAACUCCAAGUCAUUCCCACUCUCACACUCUCCUCCUCCCCUUGCAAAACCUCGUGCGGCAGCAUUCCCAUAAACUACCCCUUUGGCCUAGAAGAUGGGUGCGGUGCACCCCAGUUCAGACACAUGCUAAACUGCAGCACUGACUUGUUCUUUCAAACCCCUUCAGGCUCUUACAAAGUCCAGUCCAUUGACUAUGAAAAAAACUCCAUGGUAGUCUACGAUCCUGCAAUGUCCACCUGCUCCAUUCUCCAACCUCACCACGACUUCCAAAUGACCGAUAUUCAAUCCGCCAUAAUCCCUCCAUCACAGGACACGGUUUUCGUGCUGCUAAACUGCUCCAUAGACUCUCCUGUUCUAAACCAUUACAAGUAUCUCUGCUUCAACUUCGCUGGCCAUACGUGUGACGAGCUUUAUGGCGCGUGCAAUGCCUUCAGGGUCUUCCAUUUGUUGACCAACAGUUCCCCACCGUGCUGUUUCACCACUUAUGGCACUGUAAAGUUCAUGAGCAUGAACAUAUUAGACUGCACACAUUAUACAAGUGUGAUUAACACCGAAAAUUUGAAGGGUGUUGGCCCUUUGGACUGGGUUUACGGGAUCAAGCUUUCUUUCAGUGUGCCAGACACUGGAUGUGAAAGUUGCAAAAAAUCUGGUGGGACAUGUGGCUUUGAUACUGAUACAGAAGGCUUGCUAUGUCUUUGCUCAAGUUUUGCUAAUUCAACAAGGCAAUGCGCCCCUGGAAACAUGAUAUCGAAAGGACAGAGCACUGUUGUUCUUUGGAGACACUGCCUACUAGUUUUGCUAGUUAUGGCUUAUUUUCAGGCGAGGGUGAGACUUGUUUGAGACUUUAAUUCUAAUUGUUUUCCACUCUUUUGUUAGAGGGCAGAGAGAGUUUGUGUAAUUGUGUUUACAUUCAUAAAGUGUGGUUAUUAUUAUUCUCAAUUCUGCGAAAUGGCUUACCA